AUGGUUGAUUACUCACCCAACAUCAUUGCCUCGUUCUGUAUUACUUUUCCUAUUGCUACGCUUGUGGUCAUCCUUCGUCUUAUUUCCAAGCGCAUGACAGCUACUGGCUAUGGACUGGAGGACAUACUCGCUGUGUGUAGCUGGGUCUUCUGUCUAGGAUAUUGCAUUGAUGUUUUGAUUUGGCUUGCCGACUACGGCCUUGGCCGACCGAUUGAGCAAGGCCUGUCCUCUCAUCUAACCCUGGACGAGAAGACAAAAGCAUCUUGGCUAAUCCUAUGGUGCUCAAGUAUUCUUUACUCGUUCGCCAUUGCCUUUUGCAAAUUUUCGAUCCUUUGUUUCUACUGGCGUCUCUUCAAAUAUUCCAGUGUUAGGAUACCGGUCCAGGUCCUGUCUGGCCUGACGUUGGCCUGGUUUAUCUUGCGACUCUUCCUGGUAACACUUCAGUGUAUACCUAUCCGAGGCUUGUGGGAUCACUCAGUCAAGCACACCUGUGGCGUUAACGAGACCGUGUUUUUCUUCGCGACGGUUCUUACACAUGUCUUGAUCGACUGUGCCAUUCUUGCACUUCCGAUAAUCGAGGUUGGCAAGAUGCAUCUCCCCAAGGGCCAGAAGAUUGCAGUGAUUGCCCUCUUCAUGUUUGGUGGCUUGUAA